AUGGGAUGGCACCGUCGCCGGCCAUGGAAUGAACCUGAAGAGGAAAUUCAAUUGGAAACAAAGAACAUAGAAGUUGACACUUUUGAAGUCCGUGUGAAAGAAGAUUCUCAACCUUCUGCUCCGCCGCCACCACCGUCACCUCCACUAUCUCUGCCUCCGUCGCCGCCAAAGGAGGAGGAGAUUAGGUGUAAACCGAAGCGGAAGGAAGAGAGUGGAGAUCAAAGGCCUCAAAGCAACGAUUUUUAUAAGGUCAACUAUUACAAGCCACCACCUGCACGGCCUCCUCCUCCGCCGCCGCCCCCGCCCCCGGUGUAUGAAGAAACAGAGAAAAAGAGUAGUGGCAAAAGUCAAGAGAAAAGGAGAGGGAACGCCACUAAGGAAUUCCUGACAUCCCUAAGGAAGAAGAAGAAGAAGCAGAGACAAAACAGUGUCGAACUCUCCGAUUCCUUCCUCGCGUCCAUUGAUUAUCCUUAUUUGCCUUCGUAUCCACCUUCACUGCCGCCGCUGCCACCUCCGCCGUCUGUCUUCCACACUCUGUUUUCCUCUAAGAAAGGAAAAACCAAAAAAUAUCACUCAUUUUCGCAAUCUCCAUCAUUGCCUCCAUCGUCGCCGCCUCCGCCUCCAUCUGUUCGCGUUUCGAGGAGCAAAGCUCAGAGCAGGCCGAUUUUGGUGACUCAAAAACCUUCAUUGCCGGUCCACACGAGAAAUGUUGACAGCGUCGAAGAGAACACGAAGAUCGAAAGUGAGUCGCUGUUGAUUCCAAUAUUGAUGCAAAACAUAGCACAACUUCAAGGGAUCCAGUUCAAGUUCCAAUUGGGCUGGUUACGAGAGCACGAGCAAAGAAGUUUAAAGAUGUACUCAACGGGCUGA